CCCGUCGCGGUUCCCCCCUCCCCGCCGCGGAGAAGAUGCGGAGCAAAGGCAGGAAGGAGAGCCUGUCCGACUCCCGCGACCUGGACGGCUCCUACGACCAGCUGACGGACAGUGUCGAGGAUGAGUUUGAGCUCUCCACCGUCUGCCACCGCCCCGAGGGGCUGGAGCAGCUCCAGGAGCAGACCAAGUUCACCCGCAAAGAGCUGCAGGUCCUGUACCGGGGCUUCAAGAACGAGUGCCCAAGUGGCAUCGUUAAUGAAGAAAACUUCAAGCAGAUCUACUCGCAGUUCUUCCCACAAGGAGACUCCAGCACGUAUGCCACCUUCCUUUUCAAUGCCUUCGACACUGACCACGAUGGCUCUGUCAGCUUUGAGGACUUUGUGUCUGGGCUGUCCAUCAUCCUGCGAGGUACCAUCGAUGACCGCCUGAACUGGGCCUUCAAUCUCUAUGACCUGAACAAAGACGGCUGCAUCACCAAAGAGGAAAUGCUGGACAUCAUGAAAUCCAUCUACGACAUGAUGGGCAAGUACACCUACCCGGCCAUGCGGGAGGAAGCACCCCGGGAGCAUGUGGAGAAUUUCUUCCAGAAAAUGGACCGAAACAAAGAUGGUGUGGUCACAAUCGAGGAGUUCCUGGAGUCCUGCCAGAAGCCCUUCCUGCUGCCAGCUGCCACACAGAGACAUGGUCAGCACCUGGAUGUAUCAUUCCCCCGAGGCCAGCCCCGCUUUCCUUGGGGGCCCCACACAAAAGUGCCACCAAAGCGUGGGCACAGCUGGCAUGGGGCAUCUGGCCUGGGUGGGCUUCUUGCACCCGAUCCUAGAGGGAAAGCCGCAGCCUUGGGCUGCCAUAGGGCCUUCCCUGUGCCCCCACAUCAUGACCCCCUCAGCAGCCGCAGCACCGGCUCCAGCCCAGACCCUCCAGCAACACUUCUAGGAACUAAGAGUCUCGCAGCAGGCAUCAGCGCCUCAGCUUCCUCCUGUGCCCUGAUGUUAGGGACACGUCCCCUACAUGGGACAUGAACCACUUGUCCCCCUCCUCGCUCACUCAGGGUGCCGGGCUCCCUGUUUGUCAUCAACAGCUGCCUGGAGCUGGGUGUGCACUCCUGUCCCACCCACAUAUCCUUCCGAGUACUGUUUGGGGGCUAAUGUCUCCACAUCAAACUCCUGCUCAGCCCCACCGGCUUCAGGUCCUAGUCCACAGCCUGGCCGAGCUUUUCCCAACACUGUGUCCAGAGGGGCAGCGGCGGCUGGGGUUGAUGGGGAACAGGUGAGCAAGGCUGUGCACCACACCAGGCUGAGCCCUGGUAUCAGAGCCGUUCGGACCCCCUCACAGGGCCCUGAGCCUCAGCUGUGGAGCAGCCCCCACUGCUCCAGGCUUGGCUUGUGCAGACGUGAUGUUUUUUAGCUCCGUCCACCACACUGUUCAUCUCACAGCCCUGUUCCUGGGCGGGAGGGCAGGUAACCCCAACCCCAGCACCUCCUGUCCCGCUGGGCGCAGAGGCCCUCCAUCUCUCCAUUCCCCCAUCCCUCCCUCACGCUGCAGUCGCAUGGCGUGACCCCCGCCCCAGGGCAUGGUAACCCACAACCCGCUUGGCAUCUCCAGUCUGUAUAUUUUGUAUUAUAACGAUAAGAUGGGUUAAAAAAAAAAAAAAAAAAUGGGG